AUGAAUUCGGUGCUCGCUCGUCCCUCGCUCUCCGAAGGGCUCAGCAACAGAUCCCCCGCCAUCCGGGUUCCUGAUCAUAAUCUCCGCCCACCUCCGUCGCGCAGCGGCCAUGUCAAUCUGGACGUCUUCUCCCCGGUCAACGAGAACGGAAGCUUCGAAUUCGACCGCGUAAUCAAGAGUGGUCGUGUUUCCCGACGUGUCAAACACAAACAUGUCUUCCGCGCCUCCUGGAAACCAGCCUACCUUGUUCUCCGCCCGAAUCUACUUUCCGUCUACAAGGAUGAAGAAACUACCCGUCUCCGCGUCUCCAUCAACAUCUCCGACGUAACCGCUGUCGCGUCGGUCAAGUCACCCCGCUCGCACCGUCAACAUGUCUUUGGUGUAUUCACACCCUCCAAGAACUACCGCUUCGAGGUGCUCUCCGAGCGCGACGCAGAAGACUGGAUUGCCCGCAUCCGCAAAGAGACCCACGCGGACGAGGACGAGGCUGCCAUAGCCGCUCUCUCCAGGAACCACGGCACCCCCGCCAUCCAGAAACAGCUCGUCGACGAUACAACCGACCACUCCGACUUCGAUGCAGCCCGUCCCAGCUCUCCCGAGGGCCGUACCUUAUCCCCUGGGGCCCGAUCCUCCCGCAAACCCCCUUACACCCAGGACUACUCCGGCAACGACGUCACCUCCUACUCCGAGCUCUCCGAUGCCUCCCCUCCACGAAACAGCCGGCUGCGCUCAAUGCCCUCAAUCCAUACACUCUCCGUCUCCGCGCCGGAUGACAGAUUCUUGUCCACAUCCCUGCCGCGAGAUGCAGGCCGAGCGGACCUAGGCAUCCUGCGCGAUCCCGAGCGGGUCAUCUGCCAGGGAUAUCUGCAGGGGCUGCGCAUUAAGGGAGCCGUGCGCCAGUGGAAACGGCUCUGGGUUGUGCUGCGGUCAAAGAAUCUCGCCUUCUACAAGGAUGAGCAGGAGUACUCGCCUGUCAAGAUCAUGUCCAUGUCGCAGAUUAUUGAUGCAGCCGAGAUCGAUCCCUUGUCUCGAUCGAAGAAGUUCUGUUUGCAGAUCAUCGCCGAGGAAAAGAGCUAUCGUCUUUGUGCUCCGGAUGAAGAGUCCCUGGCACGCUGGCUGGGAUCGUUGAAGAGUAUUAUUGUUGCUCGCAAGAAGCUUGAGACAACUGCCGCGGUUUAA